AUGGGGACUGAUAGUGAAAACCCAGUCCUGAGGAAUGUGCUCAUCAGCUUCAACUUGCUCCUGCUGGGUGCUGUCCUCAAGCCUUUUGAGUGCCGGCUGGAGGCGACGACAGAGCCGGCUGAGAGGACAGCGGUGGAUGAGGCAGGGGGCCUUGCCAACUGCAGCCCACCCAUCAAAGAGCAGCCCAUGGUCUUCCACCACAUCUACAACAUCAACAUCCCGCUGGACAGCUGCUGCUCAUCCAUGUUCAAGUCUUCGGGCGAGGAGGUGAGUUCAGAAGACGACCGGCUGGCGGAGUACACGGAGCAGACCUCCGACAGCGAGAGCCAGGUCACCUUCACCCACAGGAUAAACAUGCCCAAGCAGGCCUGCAAGUGCUCCACCUCCCUCCCGUCCCUGCAGGAGCUGCUGAGCAGGAUUGAGAUGCUGGAGAGGGAGGUCUCCAUCCUCCGGGACCAAUGCACCUCCAAUUGCUGCCAAGAAAAUGCAGCCACAGGGCAGCUGGAUUACAUCCCGCAGUGCAGCGGCCACGGGAACUUCAGCCUGGAGUCGUGCAGCUGCGUGUGCAUGGAGGGCUGGGCGGGCAGCAACUGCUCCGAGCCGCUCUGCCCGCGGGGCUGCUCCAGCCGCGGCGUGUGCCUGGAGGGCCAGUGCAUCUGCGACAACGACUACGGGGGCGAGGACUGCUCCCAGCUCCGCUGCCCCGCCGGCUGCGGCUCCCGCGGGCUCUGCGUGGACGGAGAGUGUGUCUGUGAGGAGGGUUUCACCGGCGAGGACUGUUCGCAGCUGCGGUGCCCCCGCGACUGCUCGGGGCGGGGGUACUGCGUGAACGGCACGUGUGUGUGCCAGGAGGGCUUCGCCGGCGAGGACUGCGGGUGGCUGCACUGCCCCAACGCCUGCAGCGGCCGCGGGCUCUGCAGGGACGGGCUCUGCGUCUGCGAGGAAGGCUACGGAGGGCAGGACUGCUCAGCAGUGGCUCCUCCUGAAAACCUGCGAGUGACAGGGAUCAGCGACAGCUCCGUGGAGCUGGCGUGGGACAGCGCCGGGGCAGCCACCGAGUACGUGGUGUCGUACCAGCCGGCGGUGCCAGGGGGCACCCAGCUCCAGCAGCGGGUGCCCGGGGACUGGAGCAGCAUCACCAUCACGGAUCUGGAGCCUGGUGUUGCCUACAACGUCAGCAUCUACGCAGUCAUCAGCGAUGUCUUGAGCGUCCCUGUUACCUCCAGGGUGAUGACCAACCUCGCCACGCCGCAGGGGCUGAAGUUCAAGACCAUCACAGAGACGACAGCAGAGGUGCAGUGGGAGCCCUUCUCCUUCCCCUUCGAUGGCUGGGAGAUCAGCUUCAUUCCCAAGAAUAACGAGGGUGGUGUGAUCGCUCAGCUGCCCAGCACUGUCACCACCUUCAACCAGACGGGGCUGAAGCCGGGGGAGGAGUACACUGUCACCGUGGUGGCCCUGAAGGAACAAGCCAGGAGCCCUCCCACCUCCGACAGCGUCUCAACCCUCAUCGACGGCCCGACGCAGAUCCUGGUGCGGGACGUCUCGGACACCGUGGCCUUCGUGGAGUGGACGCCGCCGCGCGCCAAGGUGGACGCCAUCCUGCUGAAGUACGGGCUGGCGGACGGGGAGGGCGGGAGGACCACCUUCCGCCUGCAGCCCCCCCUCAGCCAGUACUCCCUGCAGGCCCUGCGCCCCGGCGCCCGCUACCACCUCGCCGUCAGUGCCCUGCGGGGUGCCAACGAGAGCCGGCCAGCCCUCGCCCAGUUCACCACAGAGAUCGAUGCCCCCAAGAACCUGCGGGUGGGCUCGCGGACGCCCGCCAGCCUCGAGCUCGCCUGGGACAACAGCGAGGCCGAGGCCAACAGCUACAGGGUGGUCUACAGCACCCUGGCCGGGGAGCACUACCACGAGGUCCUGGUGCCACGCGACACCGGUCCCACCACCCGCGCCACCCUCGCAGAUCUGGUGCCGGGAACAGAGUACGGCAUCGGGAUUUCGGCCGUGAUGGACAGCCAGCAGAGCGUGCCGGCCACCAUGAACGCCAGGACUGAGCUUGACAGCCCCCGGGACCUUGUGGUGACAGCCUCCACAGAGACGUCCAUCUCACUGGCCUGGACCAAAGCCUCGGGUCCCAUCGACCACUACCGUGUCACCUUCACCCCUGCCUCAGGGAUGGCCUCGGAAGUGACAGUGUCCCGGGACGAGUCACAGCUCACCCUCUCAGAGCUGGAGCCGGGGACGGAGUACACCAUCUCCAUCAUCGCUGAGAGGGGACGGCAGCAGAGCCUGGAGGCCACCGUGGAUGCCUUCACAGGUGUUCGGCCCAUCACACAGCUCCACUUCUCCCAGCUGACGUCCUCCAGUGUCAAUGUCACGUGGAGUGACCCAUCCCCACCUGCAGACCGCCUCAUCCUCACCUACAGCCCUCGGGACGCGGAGGAGGCGCAGCAGGUUACCCUGGACGGCACCCGCCGGCACGCCGGCCUGACGGGCCUGCAGCCCUCCACCGAGUACCUGGUGUCCCUGGUGGCCGUGCACGGCGCCGUCAGCUCCGAGCCUGUCGUGGGCUCCAUCACCACAGGGAUCGAUGCGCCGAAGGACCUCAGGGUGGGCAACGUCACCCAGGAGUCCAUGAUGGUCUACUGGAGCCCUCCCAUCGCUGCCUUCGACCACUACAGAAUAUCCUACCGUGCUGCUGAAGGGAGGACAGACAGCACCGCCCUCCCCAAGGAUGUCACCGAGCACGCCCUGCACCACCUGGAGCCCGCCACCAAGUACGAGAUUGGGGUGAAGAGCGUGCGGGGCCGGGAGGAGAGCGAGCUGGCUUCCAUCACCGCCUACACAGCCAUGGAUGUCCCCUUGGGGGUCACGGCCACCAACAUCACCCCCACCGAGGCACUGCUGCAGUGGAACCCGCCGCUGUCAGAGGUGGAGAGCUACAUCCUCGUCCUCACCCGCCAUGCAGUUGCAGGAGAAACUAUUCUCGUGGAUGGAGACAGCCAGGAGUACCAGCUGACCAACCUGCUGCCCAGUACCACUUACAUGGUCUCUAUGUACGCCACCAGCGGGCCUCUCACCAGCCAGACCAUCAGCACCAACUUCACGACCCUUUUGGAUCCUCCAACAAAUCUGACCGCCAGUGAAGUCACCCGACGGAGCGCCCUGCUCUCCUGGGUUCCUCCCGUGGGAGAGAUCGAGAACUACAUCAUGACCUACAGAUCCCCUGACGGCAGCCGGAAGGAGCUGAUUGUGGAUGCCGAGGACACGUGGAUCCGCCUGGAGGGGCUGUCGGAGACCACGGAGUACACUGUGCGCCUGCAAGCUGCCCAGAACGCCGUGCGGAGCGGCGUCAUCUCCACCACCUUCACCACAGGAGGACGUGUGUUUGCAAACCCCCAGGACUGUGCCCAGCACCUGAUGAACGGAGACACCCUGAGCGGUGUCUACACCAUCUCCAUCAACGGGGACCUCAGCCAGAGGGUGCCGGUGUUCUGCGACAUGACCACCGACGGAGGCGGCUGGAUUGUCUUCCAGCGGCGGCAGAACGGGCUGACCGAUUUCUUCCGGAAAUGGGCAGAUUACCGGGUUGGCUUUGGAAACUUGGAGGAUGAGUUCUGGCUGGGCUUGGACAACAUCCACAAGAUCACGUCCCAGGGGCGCUACGAGCUGCGGAUCGACAUGAGGGACGGCCAGGAAGCCGCCUACGCCUACUACGACAAGUUCUCCAUCGGCGACGCCCGCAGCCUGUACAAGCUGCGAAUCGGGGAGUACAAUGGCACUUCAGGGGACUCCCUCACCUAUCACCAGGGCCGCCCCUUCUCCACCAAGGACAGGGACAAUGACGUUGCCGUGACCAACUGUGCCAUGUCCUACAAAGGGGCCUGGUGGUACAAGAACUGCCACCGCACCAACCUCAACGGCAAGUACGGAGAGUCCCGGCACAGCCAGGGGAUUAACUGGUACCAUUGGAAAGGCCACGAGUUCUCCAUCCCCUUUGUGGAAAUGAAGAUGCGACCUUACAACCACCGUAACAUCUCUGGGAGGAAACGACGGUCCCUACAGCUCUGAGCCAGCUGAACCCCCUCCUGCCUCCCACCACCUGACCUUUUCUGUCAUUUGUUUGUAUUUUAUAAUAUGAAAAGGGAAAAAAAAAUUACUACUCGUCUGAGAUAGCAACCUGCCCCUCACAAAUGCUGGAGGGAACCACGGCACAAGGAAAGGCCGUGGGAAAGGGAAGACCUCAUUGCUUUGCAUCUGUCCCAGAGAAAUACCAAAUUUCCAGUCUCCCUAACCCAAUACUCUGACCCUUAACAUGAGAAGAAAGAGAAAGAGACAGAUUUUUUUGAUAUUUUUUUAAAAGACGUAGAAAUCCCCAGCAAACCCUGUUAGAAUGUUUGUCAUGGGGCUUGUGGCAGGAACCUUCCCCACAGGGACCUUGGUGCAGCCAUUUCCACCCCAGUCAUGGCCAGGGGUGCCCAUCCUCUCCCUGCCUUGUGUCCCCUCCUGGCAGGGAAGUCCCAGGCUUCAUGCCAUCCUGUAGACACAACUCUUCCAGCAGGCAGAGGCCCGUCUCUCCCCUGUGGGCAGCCUCUGAAUACACGGAGACCAAGCGAGGAUGAGCAAAUGCAAGGCUCACCCCCUCCCCAGUUUUCACAGAUCCCACCCAGAGGGUCUGGCAAAUACCUGCAUAUGUAGGCAAACUCCAGAGAGUCCACAGCUCAUGUGUUGGUCCCACCACAGCCACAGUCAUCCUUGUGGGCAUGGGGUGUAGGGGAACAAGAGCUGCUCCACCAGCCCCAACAUGCAUUAUCCACUCCUCUGAGCUGAAUUCGUCCCGCUCCAGGUGCACAUUGGCCCGGGUUAUUCUGAGCUUGAUGCAGAAGAAAGGACUUAAAUUAGAAGACUUGGGAGAAAAAUCAUUCCUUGUGGCCCCAAAGCCUAAGGCCCAUUUCCUCUGCUAUUUCUACAUUUCUGCCAUGCUCUCUCUCACCAAGGUCAUUGGUCCCAAACCAAAGGGUCUCAGAGAAGGAGCAGCAACCAAAAGUUACCACACAACCACAGCCCAGGCUGAAGCCAACAGCUGUCACAGCCCAGGUGCUCCUGUUCAUGGACCUCCACGCACACAGGGAAUGAUGACAAUGCAGCCAAGGGAAGAGAAGUGCAAGCUGAGGAAUUCACAUUCCCUUCCUUCUCCUACAGCAUCCCUCUUCUAUGCCAUCAGAAGAGGGACACAAAUUUCAGUGCCUUGGUAUCGCCAUCUCUCUAACAGGGAAUCAACUGUUUCCCCUCCUGGAAGAAAGGCUUAGUCCAUUCAGAUUUUGGAGCACUUCAAGGCCCUUGGAAGAAUUAAUGAGUUCGCUCUUCCCAUCCUUAACUUCUCCUGCCUCAAGGAAGAUGGACCCUUCAGGUAGCUCUGGCUGUGCUCUGUUGUCAUUGACACCACCUCCACAAAGCCCAAAUGGCCACCAUGCUCGAGUCACCCCUCUGCCGAGGGCUCUGAUCAAUGCUGGGCAUUGUCACUGGUCUGGUCCUGGAGAAGGGACGCGUCCCCAUGCCCAAGGACAAUGCAGCUCAUCACUGGGUUCGCAGCCAAGGGAGCAUUACAAAUGCUGAACACUGCGUUUUCUUUUUAUCACACUGAAGCUGCUUUGUCUCAAAAACGUUUUCCAGAUGGCAACAUAAAGGCAUCUUUGCAGUGGGUUAUAAUUCAGACCAGUGUCUCUUUCACGGCCGCACUCCUGAAUGUUCUGACGUUACUCACCACGGCUGCAGAGCUGAAGAGGGGCAUUAAGUGGGGAAUGCAGCCUCCUCGUCCGUGCCACGCACUGGCACAUGGAAUCACUGCUAACCCCAAGGUCAAGACUAGAUACAGGGUCCAGCCCCCUCUGUGGCCAGCUUACAAGCCGCAGUCUGACCUGGAGAGAGGAUGCUGCAGCUCAGCAACAUCUCAUAUGUAAAUGAGGCAUCUCUUCUUACUUCCCAUCAGCACUAAAUCAGGCAACAAGUCAACCAGCUGAUGAACAGGUCAGUCAGAGGCUGCAGAUGAUGGGAUCUCUUGCAGGACAUGGCCAGUGUCACAGAUGGCAGCAUGUCACACAUCCUGAGCACCCAGCCCUGUUUUAAGUCCCAAGAGCCAACAAAAAGCAGCAGAUGGAACAGACUAAAAACUAAGAAGCCUCCUAGUAGACCAACAGAGCAAUUUUUCCCAACACCAUCAAGAAUUUAUAGUCAAGAAGUGUCCUAAGAAAAGCUGCACAGUGCAGUGGUUAUAACUAGGAGCAGAGAUUGGCAGUGGAUGGCAUUCAUCACCUGUUUUGGAUGGUGCUGUUUACUUACCUACCCAGGUGAAAGGAAGAGACAUCAGUGGAAACACUGGAGCUCAUCAUUCAUAAACAAGCUGAAGGCAAGAAACCUCUCUUCUCAAAAGUAUGACUCAAACAGAAAAUCAAAGCAUGGCAAGCUUUUCCAGGAGGUUCAAAAGGAGAUCCUCAAAAAGGCUGAUUAUUUGCUACACAGGUUUACUGACAUAUAAAAGGGAUGACAGACACAAGGAAGGAGGGAGAGAUACAAGUCCUGUAAACCAGGAUGAGUUGGCCCAGUUGACCCCACUCCAUAGCUGAGUAUGAAGGACACUCUUGGAGACAAUAUCCAACCUUCCAAUGCCACAUAUAUAAAGUGCUGGCCCCUGACCUCACAUGUGAUUCCAGGGUGUUGUCUUUCCAUUAUCUUGGUGAAACACAGUUGCUUAAGUCUUUUAAAGCAAAGACUUCUACACGUCAUGGUUUUCUCCUGAUGAUAACCCCACCCAAGCCCAGGCACACAAUCAGCAACAACGACCCAGUCAUUUGGGCCAUUGUCCCUUGUUCACAUUGUCCACAAACAAGACACAGUUUUCCAGAAAUUCUUUUUUCAUCACUACCUGAUGAAUUUUUUUUUUUUUUUUUGGACAAAGCUCCUGACAGCAGUUUCAAGCAAAUUUGUGCUUAGUGUUGACGCUACAGAACGGCAGGUGAUUAAGUACAGUUUCUCCUCACCAUCCCUCACUCUUUCUCUGAAUUCAUUCCCGAAUCAGACAAGUCUGGCCUUGAAAUUCCCAGAAACCAAGCCUGGAUCCCGUGCAGUGCUCAUCUUGAGAGACCUUGGCUCCAGCACGUGAACCAUCACUGGGCUCUGGUGGCUCUGCUGUGCCAUCCUGGGCUCAGGUGGCCCAGGCUUGUCCCAGAGCCCAAAAAGGAACCUGAAGCUGUCACCCAAACCACUCUAUCCACCACGAGAUGCCACCUCACACAACAGGAGGCAGGAAGAAGCACAUCAGGUCCUCCACACAGCAGAACACCACGUGCACCCAGGACCCUCUUGGCUCUUAUUUCUAACCCCAAAAUCCUGCAAGGAAAUACCAUGGGACUUUCUCAUCUCUUGCCCAGUUUUCAUUUCCCUCUGUUUCCCUUCUCCAAGCCCUCCUUCCGAACGCACACUGCACUAAAACAUAACCAAAGAGAAAAAGAAAUGUCCUGAAAGGAAAAGCUGCUUUUAGCAAAGUGAUCCUUAAGACAGCAAUUUAUAAAUUAAUAAUUUUGAGGAGAGAGGUUAGGCUUUCCCCAAGGGUAGCUGGGUUUUGGCAGGAGGCUACUAGAAGAGUAUCCACACAAAGGUUGGGGAGAAGCCUUUGCUUCUACUCCUUAUCUUUGCAGUACUUUACCAUGGGCAUCUCAAAGCAUAGUACCAGAUCAAAUGCACCCUUGCCCCAACCUCUUCCCUCCUUCCCAAAGUGAUGCUUACCCCAGGUGAAGUGCCAGGGUGUGCAAAGCACAGCUCAUACCUUCAUCCCCUGUGGUGUGGCAGGUGAGGGCUCAGCCAAUGGUGUCCCCGUGCCCACAACAGGCUCAGAGUGACCUGCCAAAAUACAGCAGGAGCCAAAAUACCUGCCUGGUGCAUCACCACACCAGCACAUGCCCUUCAUCCCAACCCAGAGCUGCCCUCCUGGUAUGUCCCCACCAUUGCACCUUGGGGUGACCACACACCCCCUGCCCUGUGCCCCUCAGAAAUACCCACAAGUUUUGACUUUACCAGACACUGCCAGCAAAGAGCUCUCACCCAAAAAAUCCCCUUUAAUUCAUGCUUACACCCACUAACAAAGGGCUCUGUCCCGGGGCCAAGCAAGAAGCCCAUCCCUGUUUCUUCAAACCAAGCACCCUGGGAUGGCCAUUAAAUCCAAGAGAGCCCCCUGGGGACCACCAGCACCCUCCAGGGUCACCUUCCCCCUUCCUUAAACCCUGAUGGUGGUGGCAGCUCCUUGCCCCUUCCGGAGGGGAGGUUUGGCUUAAGGGGAAGGGAAAGGCCCUUCCCUGGGGAGAUCCCGAUGCCCAGACCCACCUCCAUACCCCGCCUGCAGCUCUCCAGAUGUCUGUGGCUUCUCAGAAAGAGGGUGACACAAAGACCUAAACAAACAAACAAGCAGUCUGCUGUGUUACCUUGGAAACUCAUUUAAUAUGUUAACAAAAAAUUUAAAACCAUAAAUACGGAGGGAGAAAAGAGGCAACGAAAUGCCUUGGACAAGUUCUGAUGAACUCAAACACAAACCAAUGCAACCAAAUGAGGGGGAAGAGGAAAGCAAAUAAAUGCAUAAAUAAAAUAAAUAAUAUAAAUAAAUAAUAUAUUAAACAACCCUCCCCACCCUGUAAUGAGAACGUAGCUCGGAGAUUGGGAUCGACGCUUGUUAACCAUUGUUAACUAGUAUUUUUAGUCCUGACCGCUCUUAGGCUAUGUAUAGUUCCUUUUUUUAAUGCAUUUUCUAUACAUUAAUAAAAGAUACUGAAGGAGU